AUGAGCAGAAGGACUUGCAUCAUCGCCACACCCUCCUCAGAGUGCAGCAGCAGCAGCAACAGCAACAGCAUGAUGCGAGCCGGCUUGUUAGUUUUGUCUCUCUCUGCGGUCUGCAAUGGCAUCCUCCCUGAGAUAGUCCACUCAGGCAUCAGUCACAUCCUGCAGGAAAAUUCGGCCCCGGGAGAAUCGGAGCUGGACCGCAUGUUUGUGGAAGUGGAGCAGCUCCCAGAGGAGCCGCAGCAAAAACCAGAGGAUGCGUUUCAGCAAACAAACAACGUCACUGCCAGCCCCCCUACUAAAAACACUUAUCCCAAUGAAACGACCUCUAAUACAGUGACUGAUAACGGAUCUGUUCAAUCCUCAGCGGACCAGGAGACAAACAACAUUACCACAGCCGUCCAGCCCAGUGACCCUUGGAACAGUAUUGAUCAUGGAUGCAUCAGUGAUGACGACUGUGGGAGGGGCAGGUACUGCCUUCAUGACGAACACAAUUCCAAGUGUCUGCAAUGUAAAGCAACUGAUGUGCCAUGUACCAGGGAUGAGCAGUGCUGUGGUGAACAGCUGUGUGUCUGGGGCCAGUGCAGCCCAAAUGCAACAAAAGGAGAGGCUGGCAGCACCUGUAAAUACCAGACUGACUGCAACCCAGACCUCUGCUGUGCUCUCCAUAAAGUCCUGCUCUACUCUGUUUGUACGGCCAAGCCCAUUGAGCGCGAGCGCUGCUUUGGUGCCUCCAACCACCUGAUGGAGCUGUUGUCGUGGGACACGAGGAAUGACGGACCCAGGAAACAUUGUCCCUGUGCAGGAGAUCUCCACUGCCAGCAUCUGGGGCGAGGAUCCAUGUGCCUUCAAAGAGAGGACUCGAGUGAAGAGAACCUGACAGACACUCUAUACUCAGAGAUAGAUUACAUCAUCUAACAGCAGUCAUUCACUUUAAACAGCUGGACAGACGUCUGCACUGACCCCUGAGCUUUUUCGCAAAGAGGUGUAACACUUUUUCCGCAAGCUUAAUCCAAAACGGUUAAACUUAAGAGCAUGGGAAACGGAUGAAAAAAAAAAUAUUUCAACUACUGUAUAGUUGAGCUUUGCAAUCCUUAAAGCUUGAUGAAAUUGUACGUAUAUAUAAAUAUUGCUAACACUAUGCAGGAAAUGCUAUAUUUGCACUGGCUUCUUAAAUAUUUGCUGCAUCUCUCUGCAAUUCUUUUGUAAACUCUAACCCUUGACUAAUGCUGAACCCAUAAGUGUAACCACAGCACGCUCAUACUGUGGACUGCUCACCGAUGAUCAUAUGGUCUGUAUCACGCUGUCAUCAGAUGAUGCUACUUUUGGUAGCAGCACUGUUUCUUUAAUAACCUGAGUAACAAAUAGACUAUACAUUAUCCCUCUCUAUGACCGGUAGGACCAAUUAAACAGCAUUAGUAUGUUGUUACACAGAUUCCUCUAAACUAUGUAUCAACGGACCGCAAUUCUCAUGGCAAAUAUCUGCUGCCAUUGAUUACAGCAUUUAAUCAAAAUGACAUCUAAGAGGCAACUUAGCUUAAAACGCCACAGUUGUUUCUGAGGCAGUCUAUUUCUAGCUGCAUAUUCACUUGUUAUAGCUGAGAAAUAUUUUGGACAAACUCACUGGCUUCAUCCCUGAUGCUGAUGUUGAACAGGUUUGAUGUUAAACAUGCUGAGGCCUCCAAUCAGGCUUCAACAUGUUUAUUGCACAGAGAUGAUGUGUAAUUACAUGAAUGGCAGCUGGAAAUACGGUCCAGAAUGUCAAUAUGUGUUGUGUUUUGCCCACGCUGCUUGUAUUUACACCGAUCAUCAUGAUCACCAGUCAAGUGAAAAACACUGAUUAUGAGGUCAUUAUGGGACCUGUCAGUCAGUGGCAGCAAGUGAACAUUUUGUUUUCAAAGUUGAUGAGUGGGUCAGAGAAUCUCCAAAACAGCAACCCUUGUGGGGCGUUCCCAGUCUGCAGUGGUCAUUCAGGGUCAUGGAAACCUGGGAACCAAAGGCUGCGUGGUUUCAUCCAACAGACGUGCUGCUUUAGUUCAAAUUGUUUAAGUUCUAGAUAGAAAUACGUCUGAUGCUCCUGUACCCACGUAGGGCCUGGGGUGACUAUGCAUCACUUAUCUGCUGCUUAUUAAAACCUGUGCUUGUUCUGUAACAAUGUUCAGGUGGUGGUUUGUAUCAAAGUAAUAUCCACAUGAAUGCGGGACCCAUGUUUCCCAGAAGAACAUUUCACCAUAAUAAAAUCAUUCAUUUUAUUCAUUCUACCUGUUGGUGGUUUGGAUGUUGUAGCCGACUGAUGUGUAUUUAAUUCCAUCCUUCUGUAGUCCACUACUGUGUACAAACUAACUCAUUCCAGUGCUUCUGAUUAGUCUGAAGGUAAUGUAGUGAUGCUGUAUUUUGAAACUAAAAUAAGAGCUCCAGGAUUUAUAGCUCAAGUGCUAAUGGACUGCUUUAGUUGUAAUCAAUGAGCCCUUAGCCGAAGGAAAAAUGUGUAAAAAGUAAAAAGGCCAGUAGUGUAUUUUAUUUGUUUACCAAGUAAAACAUUUGAAGACCCUGCACACACACACACACACGUGUGUGCUAAUAAUGGCUGAUUAUUCCUCGUCAUAUGGAGAUUGCCUGAUUAGAGAGCAGCUUGUAAUCAGGCAACAUAAAGACAAUGGUUAUGGAGUUUAGCCAGAAUUAAACAGGAUUUGAAAAGCAACCCAUUAAAGCACAACAACAGUGAUGCGGAAGAAAGUUAAAUUAAUUUGAACUUUUAAGCUUCAUACAACAUGAAUAGGAAACUGGAGCUCAGCCUGUUGCCUCCACCUCAUAGUUUAAAAUGACCAUUUCUGUGUAUUCAGUGAGACAUAUGGAGCAGGAGAUGAUGAGAGUGUCGUGAGUGACCAGCUGGAACCACAUGACUUUGUAUGUUGUGUGUCUGCACCAUCCAGUAAUUAGGAUGCUCCAAACAUUUGUGUUUGUAUGUGAGUUUUUUUUUUU